GGCGGAAAGAUGGCGGAGUUGGACAUCGGGCAGCACUGCCAGGUGCAGCACUGCCGGCAGCGAGAUUUUCUUCCAUUUGUGUGUGACAGUUGUUCAGGAAUAUUUUGCCUUGAGCACAGAAGCAAGGACUCUCAUGGCUGUCCUGAGGUGAAUGUCAUCAAGGAGAGACUGAAGAGAGAUGAACACAAAUCUUACCCAUGCUCACUCAAGGACUGUACUGAAGUAGAGCUCAUGGAGGUGAUAUGUCCUUAUUGUGAGAAGAACUUUUGCCUAAGACACCGUCAUCAGUCAGAUCAUGGGUGUGAAAAACUGCAGAUCCCACAGCCUCGAAUGGCUGCCACACAGAAGCUUGUCAAAGACAUUAUUGACGCCAAGACAGGAGGGGCAGCUAGUAAGGGACGGAAAGGCUCGAAGAGCAGCGCGACAGCCGCGAAGGUGGCGCUGAUGAAGCUGAAGAUGCACGCCGUCGGCGAUAACUCCCUGCCACAGACAGAAAGAAUUUACUUUCAGGUUUACCUGCCAAAAGGGAGCAAAGAGAAGAGCAAAGCCAUGUUCUUCUGCCUCAGGUGGAGCAUUGGGAAGGUCGUGGACUUCGCAGCCUCUCUAGCCAGUCUUAGAAAUGAAAACAACAAGCUGACAGCAAAGAAGCUGAAGCUGUGCCAGGUCCCUUCAGGGGAAGCCUUGCCGUUGGAUCACACUUUGGAAGCGUGGAUCACUAAGCAGGACUGCCCUUUAUAUAAUGGAGGAAAUGUUAUUUUGGAAUAUCUAAACGACGAAGAGCAGUUUUUAAAAAAUGUUGACUCCUACUUGGAAUAGUCAUUCAAGAAUUCAAGUCAGAAUUUACAAGCAGGAAUUAUUCUAUGUAGAUAAUCAAUUUCUUUUACUGCAAAUACUUUUUAAGAACUCUCAAAGUUGUUUUUUUAUGUUUUAUUUCUAUCAGGUCAUAACUUACAUCAAUAGUUUUCUAUUAAGUUCCAUGUUUUAUGUUUAAAGCUUAACUAUGUAUUGGUAGUUAUUGGCAAAGUACUAUUUUUAUUAGUUGUUUCUGGAUUAGGCUGUAGAACUAUCAGCCAAAGUGUCUUUUGUGUUAGGCUAAUGCCAGCUGUUGACUGACAGCUGUGGCACGUUCUAAUACCACCUCCACCCCACAAUCCACCUCACACAACACCCACCUUUUUGUGAUUUUGCCAUUCUGUGGCAGAGGCAUUUAGCAGAUGCUUCAGUGAGGUCUUACAAGUAGUACUUGUUGCCUUUGUUUUAAACAAGUCCUAUGAUUAAGCCUAAUAUUAUGGGCCCAGAAUACAUAGCCUUACUGUAUACCCAAAUCAUGAUAUAUGAAUUGAUAUAUGCACAUGAAUUGCAGAAUCUUCGAGAUUCUCUCAUUUGGGCUUCCAAGCAUUUGGAUAAGAAACCUCAUACCUUAGAGGGAAAGUUAUUUUUUUGGUAUCAUGUAAUUGCACUGGAUGUAUUUCUGGUAAUCAAUUUUCUCCAAUAGGAUUCAUCUUUUUGUUGGUAUGAAUCUAUUACAAUGAUGGAAAUAGACUAACUUUGUUAGAGUCUGUUUCACUGUACCAAAGCAAAACAAUUAUUGCAUUUUACCUAUAAAUUGAAAUGUCCUUUUGGGGAACGCUUCCUUUUACACUGGAGGAAAAUGAAUGUUUUCUGUCUAUACUGGAUAAAGGACUACACUAUAGAAGCAAAUAAAGUAUUCUUAGUUGCUC